AUGGAGAGAUCAGCGGCUGCAGGAGGAGCCAGUGCCAGGGCGCGCCGGUGGAUCCCGUGGCUGGGACUCUGCUUUUGGGCAGCGGGGGCUGCGGCUGCCCGAGGAUCUGACAGCAGUGAAGUCCUGCCUGAUUCCAUCCCAUCAGCUCCGGGGACGCUGCCCCAUUUCAUAGAGGAGCCAGAUGAUGCAUACAUCAUCAAGAGCAACCCAAUUGCACUCAGGUGCAAGGCCCGACCAGCUAUGCAGAUAUUCUUCAAAUGCAAUGGAGAGUGGGUCCAUCAGAAUGAACAUGUCUCUGAGGAGAGUCUGGACGAGAGUUCAGGCUUGAAGGUACGGGAAGUGUUUAUCAACGUCACCAGGCAGCAGGUGGAGGACUUCCAUGGGCCUGAGGACUACUGGUGCCAGUGUGUGGCCUGGAGCCACCUGGGCACCUCCAAGAGCAGGAAGGCGUCAGUGCGCAUAGCCUACUUACGAAAAAAUUUUGAGCAAGAUCCUCAAGGAAGAGAGGUUCCCAUUGAAGGCAUGAUUGUGCUGCAUUGCCGCCCACCAGAGGGAGUCCCUGCAGCCGAGGUGGAGUGGCUGAAAAAUGAGGAACCCAUUGACUCUGAGCAAGAUGAGAACAUCGACACCCGGGCUGACCAUAAUCUCAUCAUCAGGCAGGCACGACUCUCUGACUCCGGGAACUACACAUGCAUGGCAGCCAACAUUGUGGCCAAGAGGAGGAGCCUGUCCGCCACCGUGGUGGUCUAUGUGAAUGGAGGCUGGUCUUCCUGGACAGAGUGGUCAGCCUGCAAUGUUCGCUGUGGUAGAGGAUGGCAGAAACGUUCCCGGACCUGCACCAACCCAGCUCCUCUCAAUGGUGGGGCCUUUUGUGAGGGAAUGUCAGUGCAGAAAAUAACCUGCACCUCCCUUUGUCCCGUGGAUGGGAGCUGGGAACUGUGGAGUGAAUGGUCGGUCUGCAGCCCGGAGUGUGAGCACCUGCGCAUCCGAGAGUGCACAGCACCUGCUCCGAGGAACGGGGGCAAAUUCUGUGAAGGUCUGAGCCAGGAGUCUGAAAACUGCACAGACGGUCUCUGCAUUCUAGAUAAAAAACCUCUUCAUGAAAUAAAACCCCAAAGCAUCGAGAAUGCCAGCGACAUUGCUUUGUACUCGGGCUUGGGUGCUGCCGUCGUGGCUGUGGCCGUCCUGGUCAUUGGGGUCACCCUCUAUAGACGGAGCCAGAGUGACUAUGGCGUGGACGUCAUCGACUCUUCUGCAUUGACAGGUGGCUUCCAGACCUUCAACUUCAAAACAGUCCGUCAAGGUAACUCGCUACUUUUAAAUUCCGCCAUGCAACCAGACCUGACUGUCAGCCGGACGUACAGCGGUCCCAUCUGUCUGCAGGAUCCUCUGGACAAGGAGCUCAUGACAGAGUCCUCACUCUUCAACCCUCUGUCAGACAUCAAAGUCAAAGUCCAGAGCUCAUUCAUGGUCUCCCUGGGCGUGUCAGAGAGAGCUGAGUACCAUGGCAAGAAUCACUCGGGAACUUUUCCCCAUGGAAACAACCGGAACUUUACUACAGUGCAUCCCAGAAACAAAGCUCCCUACAUCCAGAACCUGUCGUCUCUUCCCACCAGGACAGAGCUGAGGACCACUGGUGUAUUUGGCCAUUUAGGGGGACGCUUGGUCAUGCCCAAUACAGGUGUGAGUUUACUCAUACCACAUGGUGCCAUCCCAGAGGAGAAUUCUUGGGAGAUUUAUAUGUCCAUCAACCAAGGCGAACCCAGCCUGCAGUCAGAUGGAUCGGAGGUACUCCUGAGCCCUGAGGUCACCUGUGGCCCUCCAGAUAUGGUGGUCACCACGCCCUUCGCUCUGACCAUCCCGCACUGUGCUGAUGUCAGCUCCGAGCACUGGAACAUCCACUUAAAGAAGCGAACACAGCAAGGCAAGUGGGAGGAAGUGAUGUCAGUGGAGGAUGAAUCUACAUCCUGCUACUGCCUUUUGGAUCCCUUUGCAUGUCACGUGCUCCUGGACAGCUUUGGGACAUACGCCCUCACUGGUGAGCCCAUCACAGACUGUGCCGUAAAGCAGCUCAAAGUGGCAGUGUUUGGCUGCAUGUCCUGCAAUUCGUUGGAUUACAAUUUGAGAGUUUACUGCGUGGACAACACACCUUGUGCAUUCCAGGAAGUGGUUUCCGAUGAGAGGCAUCAAGGUGGGCAGCUCCUGGAGGAACCAAAGUUGCUGCAUUUCAAAGGGAACACCUUUAGCCUGCAAAUCUCCGUGUUGGAUAUCCCACCCUUCCUCUGGAGAAUUAAACCAUUCACUGCCUGCCAGGAAGUUCCAUUCUCCCGUGUGUGGAGCAGUAACCGGCAGCCCCUGCACUGUGCCUUCUCUCUUGAGCGCUACACACCCACCACUACCCAGCUGUCCUGCAAAAUCUGCAUCCGGCAGCUCAAAGGCCAUGAACAGAUCCUCCAAGUGCAGACAUCAAUCCUAGAGAGUGAAAGAGAAACCAUCACUUUCUUUGCACAAGAGGACAGCAAUUUCCCUGCACAGACUGGCCCCAAAGCCUUCAAAAUCCCCUACUCCAUCAGACAGAGGAUUUGUGCUACAUUCGAUACUCCUAACGCCAAAGGCAAGGACUGGCAGAUGUUAGCACAGAAAAACAGCAUCAACAGGAAUUUGUCUUAUUUUGCUACACAGAGUAGCCCAUCUGCUGUCAUUUUGAACCUGUGGGAAGCGCGUCAUCAACACGAUGGUGACCUCGACUCCCUGGCCUGUGCUCUCGAAGAAAUUGGAAGGACACACACGAAACUCUCUAACAUGGCAGAAUCCCAGCUUGAUGAAGCCGACUUCAACUACAGCAGGCAAAAUGGACUCUAGUCCACCUCCUCUCCUGACACAGACUACAGGCCAGCUUUGGGACCUUUGCUU